UAUGGCCUUGCAGGAUGGCUUCCAUUUUCUGCUAGUAGCACGGCAUUUUGCAGUGCGUUAAUAAAACUAUUAAACUGAUGCAAUGACGCAACACAAGUCCACAGACAUGAACCAAUCAGGCUUCAGUAUUCGGAGAAAACAAAGUUUCCCCCGUAACUUGUAUAAUGAAAGUUGCUCUUUUCAGCAAUGUAGAUGAUAUAUUGUCAUUACUUAUCUUUUCAGUCAUGGCAUCCUCCAGUGGUUCAGCACUAAAUAAGGAGCUCCAGUGCUCCAUCUGUCUGGAAGUGUUCACUGAUCCAGUCACCACUCCAUGUGGACACAACUUCUGCAGAACCUGCCUGAGCGAGUGCUGGACAAACACACAGACCUGCUUCUGUCCAUUCUGUAAAGAAACAUUCAGCAAAAGACCUGAUUUCAAGAUUAAUACAACACUCAGAGAGGUUGUGCAACACUUCAAGGAGAAGCUCAAACUAGAAGAAUCUGAGGUGUUCUGUGACUUCUGUGAUGAAAGAAAGCAGAAAGCUGUGAAGUCCUGCCUGACGUGUCAAAGCUCUUACUGUGAUGAUCAUCUGGAGCCUCAUCUCAGAGUCCUACAUCUAAAGAAACACAAACUCAUCAACGCUGUGGAAAAUCUGGAGGAUUAUAUAUGCCAGAAACAUGAGAGACCUCUGGAGAUGUUCUGCAGAGAUGAUCAGGUGUGUGUUUGUCUGUCCUGCACUGAAGGAGAACACAGGACUCACAACACUGUUCCUAUAGAGGAGGAGAGUCAAGACAAGAAGAUUCAUUUAGCUAAGAGACAAACUGACGUUCAUCAGAUGAUCCAGGACAGAAUAAAGAGGAUUGAAGAGAUCCAGGAUUCAGUGGAGCUGAGAAAGAGAAACAUAGAGGAAGAGAAAUCAUCCAGUGUUGAGCUGUUCACUGAUCUGAUCUUCUCCAUUGAGAGAUGUCAAUCUGAGCUGCUGAAGAUGAUGGAGAAACAGCAGAAAGAAGCAGAGAAACAGGGUGAAGAUCUCAUUAAAGAGCUGAAGCAGGAAAUCACUGAGCUGCAGCAGGAAAUAACUGAGCUGGAGCAGCUCUCACACACUGACGAUCAUCUUCAUGUCAUACAGAUGUGCUCAUCCCUGUGCAGUCGUCCACACACCACGAACUGGACUGAGAUCCGGAUUGACACUGAUGUGAACGUGAACUCACUUUAUAGAGCUGUGACUCUAUACAGCGAGACACUAAAGGAAAAGCUCAGUCAAACUGGGUUGAAGUGUGUACAGAAGUAUGCAGUGGAUGUGACUCUGGAUCCUGAUACUGCACAUCCAUAUCUCAUCCUGUCUGAUGAUGGAAAACAAGUCUGUCAUGGAGACAUUAAGCAGAACGUCCCAAAAAACCCGAAGAGAUUAGAUAAGAGUUAUUGUGUACUGGCAAAGGAGGGAUUCAGUUCAGGGAGAUUUUACUAUGAGGUGGAGGUGAAGAGAAAGACUAAGUGGGGUUUAGGAGUGGCCAGAGAAUCCAUUAACAGGAAGGGGACUAUCUGGCUGAAACCUGAGAAUGGUGUUUGGACUGUGAUUCUGAGGAAUGAGAAUCAAUAUAAAGCUUGUGAAAGUCCAUCUGUCUCUUUAUCUCUGAGAGUGAAACCUGAGAAGGUGGGAGUGUUUGUGGAUUAUGAGGAGGGUCUGGUCUCUUUUUAUGAUGUAGGCUCCAGCUCUCAUAUCUACUCUUUCACUGGUCAGACUUUCACUGAGAAACUCUAUCCAUAUUUUAGCCCAGGCUUUAAUGACGAAGGUAAAAACUCAAACCCACUGAUUAUCUCACCUGUCAGCUGAGACAAAAAUAAAUAAAUAAAUGCCAUUUUCUCUCUCCUCUCCAGCUGUUAACAUGGAAUUAAAUGCUGAAAGUCUUACCCAUAUGUGAUCUUUCGGAUGCUCUGCAUUCCCAGUCUCUCUAUACCAGGUGUCUCCAAACUCGGUCUUGGAGGGCCACUGUCCUGCAGAGUUUAUCUCCAACUUGCCUGAACACACCAGCCUGUAAGUUUCUAGUAUGCCUAAUUAGACCUUGAUUACCUGGUUCAGGUGUUUAACUGGGGUUGGAGCUAAACUCUGCAGGACAGUGGUCCUCCAAGACCGAGUUUGAAAACCCCUGCCUUUUUAAUGGAACAAAAAGUUCUUGUGGCACUUGUGGCAGUGAGUUCUGGAACUUGAUCUUGACUGUCAACUGUUUACCCACCUAAGCAUCCUCUAGAGGCUAAAACAGUACAAACACAAUUAAUGGAUGUAGUUCCCUUUCAGUCUUUCAUGUUCAACAUCACAUCCCGAUGAACUGGGAUCUUGCCUGAGAGCCUCAUCACCUUCGAGUGUAAACUAAAUGAGCCAAUCCACAUUGGCAAGCGAGAUUCGCAUUGCGCGCUCUGCCCUGUAGCGCGGGUAUAAAGCAGAACGUCCCUAAAAUAUAUAUAUGGUUUCAUGGAUGAGUCAUGUACCUAGUGUGGGAAGAUGACCAUCACAGUGUUGUGGUCGAGACUCCAAUACCUUAAAAGAGGCUGAGUCCCCUUACCUAUGCUCCGAUCUAGAUCAUCUUCUGGGCUUCAGAAGAGGUCAACUUUGGUGAACAGCCAGGGUGACCUAAGGAUCAAAUUGGGCAUAACCUGCCGAGUCAAUCUCCGCUGAGAGGGUCGGGCUCGAGUGGAGACCUCCAACUUGUUCUGAGCCCUCGAGGUUGGAGGAUUGUUAUCUUGGGGUGGCCCAGGCUGGUUCUCAGCCCCCCGCCCCAGUGUCAUUUUUGAGGGCACCCCCCUGUGGCACAGCCUCCACCUAGGCAACAGCGGGGAGCUGGCUGCAGGAAGGCGGUGCCACCCUUCCAGGCCCCCGCCAAACCCAGCAGCAAGCGUAAAAGCAAGCAGCCCUGAGACAGGUGACCCAGAAAAGGAGGGGACAGCUCUUCGGGAGAUGGUGACCGCACCACUUCCUCCCCCGGAGGAGGGACGGGUGGAGAAUCUUUUGUUUAAAAUGGCCAAGUCCCGAGAUAGGCGUGGAAAUGUGGCAUGCACCAAGUGACAAUCACUCUGGCCUGUUGCCAAACCUUCAGCCCAUGGUCGGACACUGCAUUUGUAUGGACAGAAGUUCAUCUAGUACAGGUAUCCAGGCAUGCUGUUGCUUUCGCGUAUUCCUCCAUCACCACCAAGGUGGUCUACGCUACCGCCGUAUAUUGCAACUUGCCAGCCAUCUCCUCCUAUGGAGUCAGAAGCAUCUGAGAUCUCUUCAUGCCAUUCACAUUCCGGGCCUGCUGAAUCGUGCAGCCAACAAGCUCUCACGACAGCCUGUGCUUCCAGGAAAGUGGAUACUCCAUCCCCAGGGAGUCCAGCUGAUAUGAAGACACUUUGGAGCUGCACAGGUAGAUCUAUUUUCCUCCCCAGACACAUCCUAUUGCCAGUUGUUUUACUCCCUGACCAAGGGGACCCUCAGACUAAGCAAAUGUGUGUUUCCCCCAGUGAGCCUACUUGCAUAGACACUGUGCAAAGUCAGGGAGGACAAGAAGCAGGUCCUGCUAGUUGUGCCUUACUGGCCCAACUGGACUUGAUUCCCAGAACUGAUGCUCCUCACGACAGCCCCUCUCUGGCGCAUUCCUCUGAGGAGGGACCUACUUAUUCAGAGUUGGGGAACCCUCUGGCACCCGUGCCCAGAUCUCUGGAACCUCCACUUGUGGUCUCUAAAUGGGACGCGCAGAGGUCCUAGGUGAUCUAGCCCAGGCGGAGGUAGACACCAUCACUUCUGUAAGAGCACCCUGUAUGAAGCAUGCUUCAUGACUUGUUCAUUGAGUGCUGUUCUUCUCAGUGGGAAGACCCCCGGAGAUGCCAAUAAGAAAGGGUUGGAGCAAAGGCAUUUUCCCUCCACCCUAAAAGUGUAUGUUGCUGCAUUUGCAGCAUAUCACAAUCCUGUAGAUGGUAAAUCUCUGGGAAAGCAUGACCUAGCUUUGCUCUGUCCCAUUUGCGCUUUGAGCCUCUAUAAGGUUCUCAGAGCAGCUCUUCAUCUGUUAUGGAGGCCAGCAGAAGGGAAAGGCUGUGUCCAAGCAGAGGUUGGCCCCCUGGAUAGUGAAUGCCAUCAUUUUGGCGUACCAAACCCAAGAAGUGCUGUGCCCCCUCGGGUUGAGAGCUCACUCUACCAGGAGUGUUGCUUCCUUUUGGGGACUGGCGCACAGCGCCUCGCUGACAGAUGUAUGUAGAGCUGUGGGCUGGAUGACACCCAACACGUUUGCUAGGUUUCAAAAUUCAGGGUAUUGAAAUCGCGUUUGAAUGCAUUCUACAAGAUAAGAUGUUUGUCAGACGCUUUUGGGAGGGAGGGCAGAACUGGCGUUCCAGGAACCAAGACGAAAGGCUUGUUUGAGAUGCAUUGGCGCUGCACAGACCGAUCGGCAUAUGACAUCAAAGUACUGUGAGAGCGAUUGGAGAGCAGACGACUCUGGCACUUGUGUAACAAAUCCUUCGAAUUAAAUGCAAUUAAUUAAAUGGUUAUUUCUAUAAAAAGCAAAACAACAUUGGAGGCGUAAUGUAAACAUAGCGGUGGUACAUUCUAUCCAAAUUUUACCCUCAAACUCUGUCAUGGCAAUAGGGACUUUAAGCAACAGCUGCUGAUGGAACAGCAACGGCAACCGAAGUAAACUGUCAACUGCCGUAGCUAAAGAAUGCGAAAAUCGCUAAGCAACAACAAAGAGGACAGCUUAGAGGAUCAUUUAAUCAUUUGACAUAGUAAAAAAUAAAUUACAUUUAAAUAAAAGCAACAGAAUGGUUGCUUUUGGCAUUAAAUGACAUACACAUAUAAUUAAAAUGCCACAUAACCAUAAAACAUAACAUUUACUUAUCUAAUCUGCCAUGUAUUAUCGACUACAGCAAAUCGGCUAUUCUCUCGUACUUGAUGGUUACAGAAGAAUGUCAAGAAGUAGCAGUUAAAUUCAUGCAUAUGCAACAGAACACCAGCAUGCUAUUGCAGUUGUAUCAGCAGCUGCUGCUAAAAGUCCCUAAUAUAUCACGAGACAAUUUAUUACCCCGACAAACCCUACGUUCCAUUCGGAAGGGCACAUCCCAAUGCCCUAAUCCCAUAAAACGGUUUACCCUCCAGAGUGAGAGCUUCGAAGGGAUGAAGGGUGCAGGGGUCAAAAACGAGACAAUCAAGGAGGCACCUUUCUUGCGCAUUUUGUGUGCUGGUUGAACCCCUCAAAAAACACACUCUGAACGAUGAGUAGAUUGUUCAAGCUGAGCCUUUUGUUUAACGUUAGUUUAUUUAUUUAUUUUUGGUUUAUUGCACCAUAUUGUAUAUUGUGUCUAUGUAUUUUAAACAUUUGAAUGGACUGAAUA